AUGUUCUCGUGGAUGAAAAAGAAUGACGCACAGAAAAACCCUCAAGUGUUCAACUCGGUCGUGGACGGCCUGCGAAAAAUGUACUACAAAGUGUUGAAACCGCUUGAAGAAGCCUAUCUCUUCAAUGAAUUUCACUCGCCGGUUAUGUCUGACCCCGAUUUUGUGGCAAAACCCAUGGUUUUGUUAGUUGGCCAGUAUUCAACGGGUAAGACAACGUUCAUUCGCUAUCUGUUAGAGCGAGAGUUUCCGGGCCUAAGAAUCGGUCCCGAACCAACAACGGACAGUUUCAUUGCUGUUAUGCAUGGCGAGAAUGAUCAAGUAAUACCGGGAAAUGCGUUGAUUGUGGAUCCUCAGAAGCCGUUCCGUACUCUCAGCUCGUUUGGGAAUGCUUUUCUAAACAGGUUUUGCUGCUCUGAGCUCCCCAGCGCCGUUCUUGAAAGCAUUACCAUAAUCGACACGCCUGGUAUCUUGUCCGGAGAAAAGCAAAGUGUCGCACGAGGAUAUGACUUCACGGGCAUAUUAAAGUGGUUCGCUGAGCGCUGCGAUCGGAUAAUUUUGCUCUUCGACGCUCAUAAACUUGACAUUUCCGACGAAUUUCAGCGAGGAAUCCAAGUACUUCGCGACUACGAUGACAAAAUUCGAAUCGUGCUUAACAAAGCUGACAUGGUCACAACACAACAGCUGAUGAGAGUAUAUGGUGCGUUGAUGUGGUCUUUGGGCAAAGUUAUAAACACCCCAGAAGUUGCCCGUGUGUUUUUGGGAUCCUUCUGGGAUCAGCCGCUGCAGAAUGAUGAAAAUCGUAAGCUGUUUGAGUACGAGGCCAAUGAUCUUUUCAGUGAUAUCCAAACACUUCCCAGGAACGCUGCACUCAGAAAGCUGAAUGAUUUUAUCAAGAGAGCUCGCUUAGCUAAGGUAAGUAUUCUAUUUUAGUCCAUUGAUUGAGAUUAACUUAACAUGUAAUCUUAGUGAUUUCUUGUAGGUCAACAGGUCCUUUUGGGAAUUUUCUGAAUAACUGACCUACAAGGAAACAUUCUUUUUCAAAAGUUUAGUUAUGUCAUCGUGGAUGAGUGUCGGUAUAAGGAAGGCCCCAAGUGACACGUGAUCUAAAACGAAAUUCUCCCUUAUAUUAUACCUGCCAACUUUUAAUUUAUAGGCAUGACGUUUUUUCCUGAGAGUGCCAGGANUCAAAAGUUUAGUUAUGUCAUCGUGGAUGAGUGUCGGUAUAAGGAAGGCCCCAAGUGACACGUGAUCUAAAACGAAAUUCUCCCUUAUAUUAUACCUGCCAACUUUUAAUUUAUAGGCAUGACGUUUUUUCCUGAGAGUGCCAGGAGUUUUCGUAGGGGUCGGUUAUUAGGGAGCUUAAGCAGCGACGUUUUUGAGCGACAUACGUCAACCGGAAAUGGACUUUUUGCACUCGUGAGCCGUGAUUUUGAACAAAUUUUUAGGCAGAUCGUCUCUAUAAGAAUUAAGACACUUGGCAAUACAAAUACGGUAGCGGCAAGGCUUACUAAAAGAGAAAACGGCUCACUUCCGGUUGAUGUGCGUAGCUCAAAAACGUUGCUGCUUAAGCUCCCUAAUAUCUGAAGAUGUUCCCGAUAUGUUCUGAAGAGUUCCAUCUAACGUGAACAUGGGAACAAUAAGGAAUACGACCUCAUGUGAAGUUCCAUCUAACGUGAACCUAGGAACAUGAAGGAAUACGACCUCAUGUGAAGCGACUUUUCCCCGCUAAAGUAAGAGAAUUCAGAGAAAGCAUGGGCUCACAGAGAAAGCCAAUCAUUCACGUGGACUUUUCUUUUCUCUAAUUGGUUCCAGUUUCUUUUAAUGAUUAAGGCAUGAGAAGUUGGAACACAGGCGUGAGUAGGCGUGAGAUUGAAGUUUUUGAUCCGCAGGUGUGACAAUGGCGCCUUAGGCGUGACACUUGGCAGGUAUAUUUUAUUCACCGGUAAAUACUGGGGGAGAAGGAAAUGCCGUUAUAAAAGUGAAAGGAAUGGUCAUUGUUUCACUUUGGGUCUGAAUUAAGGAAAUUAUGGUUUCAUUUAGGGCUCACCGGAUGAAAAGCUGAUAUUUUUACACUUGUGGUAGAGCGCUUGACUUCUAGGGCCUGACAAAUACUAAGGGUCUUAAAAUAACUGGAAAAUAAAGGUAUUGCCUUUGCCCUGCAAAUGGUUAGACCUUUGUGUGAGUCAGAUGACCAUUUAACAGUAGGAGACAUUGAAAUAGUGUCCCCAAUUAGUACUUUAGAGCAAUGUAGGAAAUUCCACCUUUCAUCCCGUUUUCAAUAAAUUGGAACAUAUCCACAUCAGUCAUAAGCUCCAGUUUUAUACCAGUCAUUUUUAACCUGGUAUCCCAACUCAAGCUAGGAGAUGUAAUGGUAACAAUGAUGAUGAUGAUGUUGAUCAUGAUCAUUUUAUUCACACUGGUGCACAAUACGAUAUAACCUGGUUGUAAAUACUGAUACCAGCCAGUCUGUAUUGAGUUGUAGUGUACCACACAACCACAUUUGUCAAGUGUUUUGCUGCUUGAUGAGAGAAAAAUAUUUGUAUUUGUAUUUAUUUGCCACACGAUCACAAUUAAGUGCAUUUUUUUGUAGUUCAAAGAGUGUGGAAUUGUUACCCAUUUUUUUAUGGCUCAUUGUUUUUUGGUUCUUAGCUAAAAGGCUUUUGGGUUCUAUCUUUUCAGGUCCAUGCUUACGUUAUUGCAGAGCUUAAAAACCAAAUGCCUUCUGUUUUUGGCAAAGAGAAGAAGAAGGAGCAACUACUGAACAAGCUCUCUGAGGUUUACAUGAAGAUCCAGAAAGAGCACAACAUCUCCCCAGGGGAUUUCCCUUCCGUGUUGAAAUUCAAAGAGCAGUUGCGAACGUAUGACUUCUCAAAGUUUCAGCCAUUGAGACCUAAGCUGAUUGAGUCCCUUGACCGAAUGUUGGCCAAUGACAUUCCGCGACUUAUGGCUAUGAUACCAUUAGAGAAGGACAGCAGCUAUGGCAGUGAGGCAUCUGUCAGGGGUGGCGCAUUCUCCGUUAGCCAUUCCACCAAUAAUCCAUUUGCUUCUGGGGCUUGCCAGGGAGCUGCUUUUGGCGCUGAGUCAGAUAAAUGGGUGGUGGAAGAUUUCAAAGACGAGUAUGACAGACUGUUUAAAAGCUUGGGUCCAAAGAAUGGAAAGAUCUCCGGUGCCGUUGCAAAGAGAGAGAUGGUCAAGUCAAAACUCCAAAACACAGUACUGGGUAAAAUAUGGACCCUCUCAGACAUUGAUCGUGAUGGGCAGUUGGACGAAGAUGAAUUUGCGCUGGCAAUGUACUUGAUUAAAAUCAAGCUUGAUGACGAUGACGUACCUGAUAAAUUGCCAACUCAUCUGAUUCCACCAUCAAAGCGUUUGGCAAAUGGUAUAGACAAUGAUUAA